GACUAAUAUAUUGGAAGCACACGUGCAAGUGCUGUCCCUUCUGAAAAAAGAAUAUACACCUGAGGAUAGACAAAACUUUGUCAACAUGAUUUCAGUGCAGGAUUUGGAAGCUAAACUAGAUAAGUUUCUAUAAAUGAGCUUCUGCUAUAGAAACUCAUCAUUUAGUGCUUAUGUAAGGCUUCUAUGAUGAGCUCCCAAAGCAUUGCUUUAUUCAACUCCCGACUUCUGUGAUACCAAAUUUAUUGUGGAGGUUCCAGGAACUUUUUGGCAUGGUGGAAGGGUUUAAUGCUAGUGCAAUUUAUACAGCGAUCCUACGGUGAUUAUAGAUCAUACAUGUAAAGCCUUACUGAAGGUACAACUUAAAGAGUUGGCUUGGGAUUUGUCAUCAGAAGAAGAAUUUCCCAUAGAUUCCCUCGGGCUGUGAACCGAACUCCGGUGCACGGCUCUUUUUGCUGUGGUAAAAUUCAAUUCACAGUUGGAGCUAGUAAGUAAAUUUGAAGUUUAUGAUUUGUGCGAUUGGUGUCCGAUUUGGGGCUUUCAUCGCUUCAUUCCCCUCGUACUUCAUGUAAUCGUCGGUGUUGAUGCAGAUCCAAGAUGUUACCGCCACUUGGUUAAUUUUAUUACUCCCUCCAUUGUACUUUUACCUUUGAGACAUGUCAUUAGCAUUUGUGUAGCUAUAAAAUAAGCUUUGGAGAGUUGGGACAUGGAAGUAAAAACCCUAAAGAUUAAACCCUGCACUUUUUUUUCAAUGGAAUAAAAGCAUUUUGUGGUGAUGUUGGA